AUGUCGAGGGCUCCGCGUUUUAUUGACCGCUACGUAUUUCUUUUCCACCUUGUCAAGGGGUUCGCCACAAAGGGUUUUGGCGUCUUCCAACAGGGUCUUUCUACUGUCCAGUAUCACCAUCCUGAUGCUCUUGGAUUUGGUGGUCAAGAGGAGCAGCGUGCCAUCACCGUCCUCCGUGAGAUUCUCAAAUCGCACUCCAUAAGAGGCGUUGAGAAAUCCAUUCUGUUGGAUGUGCGUACUGGCCCCGGAUCGGAGGGUGCAGAGACGAUUAUUCCCAAUACACGUGAGGAUGUGGCCAUCGCAACGACCAUCUUCGCAGGCACAAAAGUGCUGAGCAAGGACGGUGGCUCAGGGCCGACGGGUGAUGUUGUACCACACGAUAUUCUUGGGGAAAAGAGUCUUGUUUUUAAGGAAAAUUUUGGGACAAUAAGGUGGUUUUUUGUGUUGCGUGCGCUGUUUCUAGAGAAUGCGGCGUACAACUACGCAAAGGGCAGCCAUGUCCACGCUGUGAUGCAGGAAUGGGUGCGAGACGCCUUCUACCCGCAAACAAUGGCGUACAAAAAAGCGGUGCUCGAGAAGGGUGUGACUGCUUUCAACUGUGCGUGGAAGCAUUUAUCAGAGGUUUAG